CCGCCCCGCACGCCCUGCGCGUGGUCCUCGCCAGCCGGAUGUUGACGGCGUCGCGUAGCAACGGGAGAUGGCGGAGCCUGGCGGCCGGGCUGGCGGGUCUCACCUGGAAGGCAAAUCUUCUGAAGGAGAAGAGGACCAGAAUCAUGAAGGCAACAGGGUAUCACCGAUAGAGAAGAGCAGUGACCAGAGAAAUGAAGAAACUGAGGGUGCUACAGAGCAUUCUGAAGGGGAAAUCAAAAAUGAUGGGGAAGUCACAGCCCAGGGGAAAGAUGAAGACGAUGAGGAAGUCAAAAUCCAAGGGGAAAUGGAAACGGAAGAGGAAUUCGAAUUUGAAGAGGAGUUAGAAUCUGAUAUUGAAGCCACGGCCCCUGAAGGGGAAGUCACUUCUCCAGAUCUGGCUUACUCAGACAUCAGUCCUGGGGAGGUGGCCAGAGAUGAAGUUGGCCCCACACGCCGGCAUGAAAGAGCAAGGAGGAAAACAGGUCUUGAAGACAGAGAGGCCCCCGGCCCAUCCAAAUCCAGAGGAGCGGGAGUCAUCUCCACAGAGCCCUCCCAGCAAGUAUCAGGCUCAUCUGAGCAAAUGGACCAGGAAUCGGGAGCGCUCCGGCAGAAGGUCUUCCCUCUGGGGGCUCAGCACCGCCUCGGACAGAGCCGGGGGAGCAGCGACACAUCCCUGGACUUUGACGAGCCGCCUCUGGUUACAGAGGGCCCCUCCACACAGGAGCCAGAGCCUGAUGCCCACCCCAGGGAAGGAGCCACAUCCUCAUUCCUGGACAGGAUCCAGCAGUUAAGCAUGGCCGAGGAAGGAGGCCUGGUGGAGAGUGUGGAGUCUGAGGCCAGCGAUGAGGCCGAAGAAGACAGAUCCCAGCUGGUGGUUUUGGACCCAAACCAUCCCCUGAUGAUAAGAUUCCAGGCUGCCCUGAAGAACUAUCUUAACCGGCAAAUAGAGAAACUGAGGCUGGAACUUCAAGAGCUGGGCGUGGCCACCAAGCAAAGCCGAGUCCAGCGGCAGGAGCUGGGGGUGGACCUUUACGGGGUCCAGCAGCACCUGGCCCGCCUGCAGAUGCAGCUUGAGAAGAGCCACGACCGCCACUCAAUCACAGCAAGCGAGAGGCGGAAGAAGGAGGAGGAGCUGCAGAGCGUGCGCUUGCUCUACGCCAGGACCUGCGAGACCGCCAACGAGGAGCGCAAGAAGCUGGCAGCUCUGCAAACCGAGAUGGAGACCCUGGCUCUGCAUCUCUUCUACGUGCAGAACAUAGACCAGGACGUGCGUGACGACAUCCGGGUGAUGAAGCGAGUCGUGAAGAAGUCGGAAGCUGAGCGCAUGCGGGCCGAGUUGGAGAAGAAGCAGCAGGACCUGCACGUGGACCAGCUGACCACCCGAGCCAACCAGCUGGAAGAACAGAUUGCCCUGUUCGAGGCCCAGUACCGCGCGCAGGCUGAGGACACCCGGACACUCAGGAAGGCAGUGAGCGAGGCCUGCACGGAAAUAGAUGCCAUCAACAUGGAGAAAAAGCGCAUCCUGCAGCAGUGGGCCACCAGCCUGGUGGGCAUGAAGCAUCGCGACGAGGCUCACAAGACCAUCCAAGAGGCACUCAGCGAAUGCCAGCAUCAGGUCAAGUCCAUGGAUGGCGAGCUCGAAGCCUACAAGAAAUCCAUCAUAAAGGAGGAAGAAAAGAACGAGAAGCUGGCCAGUAUCCUGAACCGGGCAGAGACAGAAACCAGCCUGAUGCAGAAACUGACUUCGCAGUGCCUGGCCAAGGAGGAGGCCCUGCAGAACGAGUUCAACACCUACAGGCUCACCCUGCUGGACACGGAGGACACACUGGGCAAGGCCCACAUGGAAUACAGGGCAACCAUGGGCGAAUUGCAGACUCUCCACCAGACCAUCCAGCAUGAGCUGGAGCUGAGGAGGAAGAUGGAUGCCUCCAUCGUGGAGAAGCUGCAAGAGCACGUGACCUCCAACAAGAUGACCAAGUCCUUCCACCAGCUCAUCCUGAAGCUCCAGAAGGAAAAGACCAACCUGGUGACACAUCAUUCCAAGAUUGACGGUGACAUUGCUCAGACCACCCUGGACAUCACGAACACCAGCUGCAGGCUGGACAUGCAUCAGAAGACACUGGCCGAGCUGGACAAGGAAGUGAAAAAAGUCAACGACCUCAUCACAAACAGUGAAAAUGAAAUCUCCAGGCGCACAAUCCUGAUUGAGAGAAAGCAAGGCCUCAUCAACUUUUUGAACAAGCAGCUGGAGCAGAUGAUUUCUGAACUCGGGGGGGAAGAAGUGGGGCCCCUGGAGCUGGAGAUCAAGAGGCUGACCAAGCUGAUCGAGGAGCACAACGCUGGCGUGACGCAGGCCCAGGUGACCUGGCUCCGACUGCAGCAGGAGAUGGUGACGGUCACGCAGGAGCGCGAGGAGCACCUGGCCUCCCUGGACAUGUCCAAGAAGGACAUCCACAUCCUGGAGCAGAAGAAACUACGGAUAGAAAACAAGAUCGACCAGGAGAAGAAGGAGCAGAAGCAGAUCGAGCGGCACAUGAGGGACCUGGACAGCGACCUGAAGAAGCUCAACGUGCUGAUGAACCAGAACCGAUGCAGCGCCGAGGAGCUGCAGCAGGGCAACCUGGCCACCGAGGGCGAGUUCGUGCGCGCGCUCAAGGCCUCGGAGCGAGAGACCAUCGAAAUGCAGGAGAAGCUGAACGAGCUCAGGGAGGAGAAGGCUGCCGUGCUCAACAGCCUGGUGGAGGCGGAACACCAGAUCAUGCUUUGGGACAAAAAAAUCCAACUGGCAAAAGAGAUGCGCGCCUCAGUGGAUUCCGAGACGGGCCAGACAGAGAUCCGGGCCAUGAAGGCCGAGAUCCACAGGAUGAAGGUCAAGCACGGCCAACUGCUGAAGCAGCAGGAGAAGAUGAUCCGGGACAUGGAGCUGGCUGUCGCCCGCAGAGAGACCAUCUCCACCCGGGCCGAGGGGCAGUGCAAGAUGGACAAGAAUCUGCUCACCCGCACAGACUUCCACCACAAGCAGACCGAGCUGAGACGGAAGAUCAGGGACAUUCACAAGGCCACCGAGGAGUGCACCCAAACCAUCCUAGAACUGGAAGAAACUCAAAAAUCCGUGAGCGACUCCCUCCUGGAGAAACAGGAGCAGCUGUCAAGGAUGCAGGCCAAGGCCGACGAGCUCGAAGCUGACCUGUACCAGCUGGCAGCCCUCAAGCGACAGAACCUUUCCACGCUCGUGGCCCUGCAGUCACGCCUCAAGCACCUGCAGGCCGUGAAGGACGGGCGGUACAGCUUCCUGCUCCGCAAUAAGCAAUCACUGCUGGCAGAGCUCAAGCGGCUGGACGACCGCCUGGCCAGCAUCAGCACCAUCCUCCACCACGUGAAGGACGAGUACCCCCAGUUCCAGGAGGCCCUGCUCAAGGUCAGCCGGUCCAUCAGCAACAGGCUGGAGUCAUCCGGGCCCUAGAGAGUGCCCACCCCAAGGAGGAGAUCAGUUUUGUGUAUCAUCAGGGACUUCAAAUCUUUCUACCCUCAGAGACACCAGUUAAGAGAAACAGACAGGCCAGCAUUGUAGGAAUUUUUUUUUUUUUAGCCACCCAGCAGUUUAAACCAAGUCAAAUGCCAGCGUUUCCAGUUGCAUUUCGGUGAGUCUUCCACUUGCAAAGGCAGUGUCAGUGAACGCGAACCCGUAUUCCCACAUUGGGCUUACUCCUCCAAGUAAAACUGGAAACCCAGGUCUCUGCUCCUGCCCCCACUCCCAGCUUGGGUUAAAUCCAGAUUCCCAGCUUACAGGAGCAAGUCCAGGGGGAUGUGAACCCCUGGCUGCGUCUGGAAGCCUAAUGCCUGAGAUAAGACCACACAGGUGCAUGAACACAGACCUCCUUGUCUGCCCCCUUGUCCCGCCCCCUCCUCCAGCCAGGGCUCCUCCCCCCACACUGAUUCCUGAGCCCCUGCUACCUAUGCCUUCUCUGCAGU